AUGGCCACCGCUGUCCCCUCAAAGACUGCUGUCCUUCAUGCAUACCGCCAUCUCUUUCGACAAGGCUUGAAGGUUAUUCGAUACUCCACCCCUGGCCGCUAUACGCUACGUACCAUUAUGAGAAGGUCUUUUCGCUCAUCCUCCGAGCAAUUUGACGCGCCGCGCAUUGCCAACACUUUGCGCUUUCUCGAACGGGCUACGGCCGCCGCCAACAUGGAACACAAAAUUGUGAAAAACAUCCUGAUCACUCGAUAUUGGGAAACUACCCCGAUUGGCAAGGACUCUCGCAUGUUGCGGAGCUUGAGACUCUUCAAGGAGGAGGUUAUCCUCCGCCAAAGUGCUUAUGAACAAUUCAAUUUGACCCUCGAACGAUUGAAUGAGAGCCUGGGAACUUGUCUACGAUGA